GGACACAUUGGUACCCGUCAAUAUUGUGACCAUUGCAGUGGUGUCAUAUGGCGUAUGAUUCAAGCUUGUUAUAUCUGUAGCGAUUGCAAUUUUCUGGCCCAUCAAAAGUGUGUGGACAGUGUGGUGCGUAUAUGUGCACAUGUCGUAGCAUCGGAACGCCGGUAUCCCAUCGAUGAAAUCUGUCCUGAAAUCGGUUUGGCAGCGCAACGAUACAAGUGUGCUGAGUGUGGAAUUCUGCUAAAUUUCACACUACCCAAGUCGGUUAGCUGUUUUGGCUCAAAUAAAAAACAGGAAAAUUCCUGGAUUGAACCGCGUUUGUGCGACUAUAGUGGCCUAUACUAUUGCCCAAAUUGCCAUUGGAACGAUAGUAGCAUUAUUCCUGCUCGAGUAGUUCAUAAUUGGGAUUUUAUGCAACACAAAGUAUCUCGUGCCUCGCUGCAAGAAAUAUCUCUAUUCCACUAUAAACCGGUUAUUAAGCUAGAGGAAGCUAAUCCAAAGCUGUUUGUUUUCUUGGAAAAGAUGGGUACCGUGAAAAAGUUGCGACAAAAUUUAUUCUAUAUGAGGAAAUAUUUAUUAAAAUGUCGUACAGCAGCUGAGGAAAAACUUAUAGAUAAGCAAAUAAUCGCUCACCUUACCAACGAUACUGCAGGUGGGAACGAUUCGCGACGUCACCUCAUUCAAUCCACCGAAUUCUAUUCAAUAAGUGACUUGGAGCUUAUUGAAAAAGGCAUUCUAAUCGAUUAUAUACAAAAAUUGUUUAACGCAUUCGAUCGGCAUAUACGGAAUUGUCAGAUAUGUCGAGCCAAAGCAUAUAUUUGCGAAAUAUGCGGGAAUAAUGAAGUAAUAUUUCCUUUCGAUGAUGGCUGCAUUAUGUGUGAUAAAUGUAAUUCAAUUUACCAUCGUGUCUGCAUGACCCGGAAAAAUAUGGUUUGUCCGAAAUGCGUGAGAAUGCAAGAAAGAAAAAUUCAGUUGGAGAGUAAAAACGGUGAUGAUACAAGUGAUGCUGACGAAACAGAAUAGUUUAUUAUGUCUAUUAAUCAAGAAUUUAAAAAGAUGCUGAUACAUACAUACAUACAUAAAUAUAUUUUUCUACAUUUAACUGUUUUUGUAUAUACUAUGAUGUGAAUUACAUAUAUCAAGUGUAUUACCGUCUAUGUUUUUGCAAAACCGCCCAUCGCCCAAUUGCAAAACCACCUAUCUUACGGCACUCAAAUUUUACAGGAGAGCGAAAAAACGGUUUAUUCUUUGAAGAUAUUGCCUUGCUAGGCGGUAUUUUCUCUAGCUAUUAUUUUUACAAAUCUGUUGUUUUAAUAACGAUUUAACGAUUUUUAUGCCUGGAGUUCAGGGUUACCAAAUCUCAUUUUUGCCACAACGGCGAUUUAGGCAGUUUUGCAACUGGUCGAUGGGCGGUUUUGCAAAAACAUCGACGAUAUAUGUAUGUACAUAUGUAUGUGCAAUACGCAUGUACAUACUGUAUGAAUACUUUUAUGUUGCUUUAAUUUUUAUAAUAAAACCAUAUAAACUAAUAGUAUUAUA